AUGUUUUCUUCCAUGGAUCAUCCAAUUAUUUUACUUCUUCUUCUAACAUAUCUUGCUACACAGUCACUUGCUCUUGCAGCUCAAUCAAGAACACCAAAAGCCCGGAUCACGGUUGUGGGAGCAGUUUAUUGUGAUACCUGUUCAACCAACACAUUCUCCAGAGGCAGCUACUUUCUGCCAGGAGUGGAUGUUCUCAUAAAAUGCAAAUUCAGAGGAAACUCACCCAAAACAGCAGAAGAUAUCAAUUUUGAGGUCAACAGAACCACAGAUAAGUAUGGAGUGUACAAGUUGGAAAUACCUGUUGUUGAUGGAGUUAACUGCAUAGAUGGCUUUGCAAUGAAGUCCAUGUGCCAGGCAAACUUGAUAGGAAGCUCAUCCUCAGCCUGCAAUGUUCCUGGUCUAAAAACAACAGCAGAUGAGAUAUCAGUGAAGUCAAAGCAAGACAAUCUGUGUAUAUACAGCAUGAAUGCCUUGAGUUUCAGGCCAUCCAAGAAGAAUGUGAGCUUAUGUGGAGAUAAGAAAGAGGAAUUGGCAAGUUCCUUCAACUCUUCCAAGUUCUUUCUCCCUUACCUCCCACCAUAUGGCUUCUUCCCUCGGCCUCAAUUGCCAUUCCCUCCACUACCACCGUUUUCAUCACUUCCCUUUCCUCCUUUGCCACCUCUACCAUCUUUGCCUUUCCCAUUCCCACCAUCUUUGCCUUUCCCAUUCCCACCAUCUUUGCCAUUCCCAUUCCCACAAUUCCCUCCUUUUACUCCAUCCCCAAAUCCUUUGGCCCCAAACUCUCCACCUGCAUUUAACUUCGGCGACCCAAGAACUUGGAUACCUUAUAUCCCUAAAGUCUUUGCUCCUCCUCCACCACCUGCAUUUAAUCUUAGAGACCCCAGAACUUGGAUACCACCAUAUAUUCCUCCAUCCCCUCCUGGUAGCCCUCAAAACCAGAAACCAUAG